UUUAUGUGAUGAAUAGCGUUAUAAAAGUUGAAUAAAUUAUCAUUAUUAUUGCUCUGAGAAAAAUACUUUUGGAGCCUGUGCUACGUCAAUUGCAGAGACGCCUGUUGCCCAGCAACCGCACGCGCCAGGGACAUGAAGGAAACAAUGUUGACGAGGCAAGACAGAAAAUCAUCGAGUAUGGGGUUCUAGAACUAAGCAUUUUAUGGAACUUUCUUGAGAAAACAUCUCGGAAUCAUGUCACGCUCAGCGGCCAAAUCUCGCGACAAGAGUCGUGCUGCCACCUUGGUUCUGGCACCUGCUCUUCCUCGCCCUGCCUCGGUCCAGAAUGUGGAGACAGUGGACAUUGUCCUAGGUCGCCUCACGGAAGCCGCCUGGGUCACCAUGACAACACAGGACAACGGGGAGGAGGUGGUGGCCGAGAUCAUGGGAGAGCUGGAGGCUGCAGUGAUGGACAGGUGCUAUCAGGUGUACCUGCAAAAACAGCUGGUGCCGUUCACAGUGACCCGGGCCUAUGAAAGCCUGGUGCAGAUGUCUGACUGGCUGUUCCUGGCGAGGGAUGAGGGUGAGGGGCGAGAGAGUGCCACUUUGUGGGGGGAGGACACAGAGCCUGAACCCUGUAAGAGCGACUCAUGGGCCGAGGGCUGUGUUCCUGUCCGGUACACCAGUGUGAGCUCACACACACCUCUUUUGCAGAAGUUGCUGGAUUUGCACCUGGCAGAGUCUGCUGAUCCAUGGGAUACACAGAGCAAGCCCCAGUCUCCCAGUAGACAGGACAGCAAGCCCCAGUCUCCCAGUAGACAGGACAGCAAGCUCCAGUCACCUACAAAGGCAGAGCCUCCAGACAGAGAGAGAACAGUCCUAGCAAAAAAGAGAAUAGUGGAUUCAACUGAACCUGAGAAGCCAGACAAGGCAGAGAAGAUAGCACCAGAUGAAGUCCAACCCUCACCUUACCUCACUGUAGCCACCUAUAAAGCCCAGAGGAGGAGACAGUCUCAGACCCAACCAGGCGCACACAAGGCCCUACCACCUUCUCUGAAGACCUACAAACCCUUAUUCACCCCUAGUGAACCAGCCCAGCAGUACCAGAGCCUCUCUGUACCCCAACUUCAGGGGCAUAGACCACGAGAGGUCCCAGUCCCUAGGAGACUGGACCCCGCUAGACUACCACAACACCAUGUCUGGCCUGAGGUGGAGGUCCUGGAGCAUCGGCCCUCACACCGCUCAAAGGAGAGAAUAGGGCCCAAAAACAGGGCCCCCCACCGGCCCAAUCAGGACCAUCACAGCAUGGCACGCCGAGCCACCAUCACCCCCCUGACUGCCCACACCCACCAUGCUUUACCCAGCAAGACUCGGAAGAAGAGUCUCCACCAUGGUGUCCAGCUACAGAGGCAUGUGCUCCGAGGCGGUACCCAGCCAAGUGGCUCAACUGUGGGCUACACUCCGCUCUCCACUGGCCUCGAUCUGGAUACCAUUGAGCUGGUGCCAGGAGUGGCCAUUGGGGACCCAGUAUGUGGGACUGGGGAAAACAAGCCGUUCUGGGUUUCCCGUCUGCCUGAGCUGAGGCCCAUCAGAAGCAGCCUCCCGGCCAUGUUGUGGUCCUUGAAUCAGGUGGUGGGAGGGCAGAGCCCUCGAGUCAGUGCCCCCACUGGGAAACACUGGGCAUGAGGAGCGAUAGGAACCACUGCAGUCUCAAUCACACUGCAGCCUAAUGGACUGUCAUUUGCUGAUUUGCUUUUAUUUAAUAAAGAGAAGAUGUGAAUUCCAUUUUAUAUUCUAAGUUUAAUUUAAGCUAUUCCAGCAUGUAAAAGCUCUCUUCCAAAUGUUGUGUUUGUUUAAGGAAGGCCACCUAGCGUCUAAACCUAUUUAAAUCAGGGACUGCACUUGAGUUUGUGUACAUAUUUUGAUGCUUUUCUUCUGUGAGAUAGUGCUCCCACGUUUUGUCAGAUGAACUUGAACUUCUACCCCCCCAUGUAUUGUUACCCAGUUACAUAACAACACAGUGAUAUUGUUACAUGAUUGUUACUGAUCACCUGUUUGUUUUCAACUUUGCCUUGUUCAUAGAUGUCCUGAGGUUUGAUGUUAAUGCAGUUCAAUACUUGACCCCAUGAUGGCAGUGCGGAUCAUAUUCUAACAUUUGUCAUCAUAAUGCUUCUGAGCAAAUUCAGGAGUUGUUUGCUAGGGUGCACCAAGAAUAUGCGACGAAAACAGAUGACCAAGGAACAUACAUUAAACACCAUUGUUCAGGUCUGGCUCAACGCUUCAUACACGUACUUUAUUUUAGACAUAUAUUACCUUUUGUUAAUGACAUUAAUUCUCACCACUGAAAACUGAGUCUUAUCAACCAUUGAGAAGAGUAUUUAAAGAAACAUCUAUGACUAGUAUCCCAUUUUGGCAAUUAUUCUGUGUUGAGUUCCUGCAUAGUGAUAAGGGCACUGUUUUUCUGUUUUUACUGCAAGAAAUACCAAAAUAUCCCCCAGCUAAUUUUGCACUGUAUGCAUGAAUUGUUUACAGACCAGCACACCAGGUACCGUAUGUGGCACCUCAACAUAAAGAUCUUACUUUUACUAUAUAGUACAUAUAUUUUGGAUAAUUUAUGUAUGAUAUUGAUUUAUUAUGUAUAUGGUUCUGUACAUUCUGGCUAACAUUUCAAGCAUAAUAAGAGUUAGACAUAGGCAUCAGAGGGCCCAAGCUAAGGCGCCCCACUGUUGAUUGACAUGUGCCAUCAAAUCAAAAUCUAAUCAAAAGUAUUUUUUAUGAAGCCCUGUUUACAUCAGCAGUUGUCACAAAGUUCUUAUAAGUUGUGUAAUCAGUUUCAUUGUGGACUCCACAGAGUUUUAUAGAGGGCUGUGUGUCAUUCUCUAAAAGCACUCUUGCCAGCUGACACAUAUUGAGAAAAUAGCUCAGAUUCAUAGAUGUUGAGCUUUUCAUGCAGAUACUGUAUAACUCAUUGGAAAAUAGCCUGUUUGUGGAUGAGCCUUAUGCAUGCAUAGUAGAGUAACAUACUAUAUCAUGACUAGUUUGGCUAAGAUAAACUGAUCAUUAGAAUAUUAUCCCAAACAGGCAAGGUUGUGGGCGAUGCAUUGGUCAGGGUUUUGUGUAUCAGUAAUUUUUCUAUAUUUUAUACGAGCAGUAGAUAUUUUCUUUUAAAUGACACAAUCCCCAUCCAGUAAGAGGAUUUAAUAUGGCUGGUUUAUAUCCAAUGUAUCAUCAACAUGUAAAAUGUUAAAUACCAUGUGUGAUGAUUUACUGCAUAUCCUGGCUCUCACAGUGCUCCACAUAGCAUGAAAGCCAUGGUGAUGAUUACAGCUUCAGUUCUUCUGCUGGGUUCUUAGUUUAACUACAGUAACAGUCAUCCAUCUUAACUACAUUUUCAUCUCAUUGUGGAAAAAAAAUAUUAAUGUACUUGACUAUAUUGAUUCAGUUUCAUGUAACACCACGCCAACAAUAAGAUGAGAUGAAAGUUUGGUUACACUUUACUUACAGAUUGCAGGUAUAAUGCAUCUAUAAUGCAUGGUCAAACUCGCCUUAUAAUGUUUUAUUACGCUUUCAGAAUUCUCUCUUCUGUAACAUUGCAUUACCCCCUAACCACAGUGGCCAGCUCUGGUUAUGCAGUUUCAGCACCCCUUUUCUAGUGGUUUAUUGUAUUUGCGCAACACCCCUUCUUUCUCAUUGUAGUGGUACCUCCAAGUCACUCCACUUUUACCAGCCAGUCAUAGUUCACCAUUAUGGAGCCAGAUACCUGCCAAAAGGUUACCUCAUGCUAAUCACAUUAGUCUAUGUUUGCUCAACUGUCCUGCAGGGGGACACAUUUAGGCCGUAGAGGUUAAUUUAGGCCUAUCCAAAUUGAAAAUAGGCCACCAACUUUCAGGCAUUGCAAUUUAGGCUAUCAUUUUGGGCACUGGUGUCUUGUGGAAUAAUUUUAGAACUCUAUAUGUGUUUUAUAUCUGUUUUUAUUACAGGACUCCCUUUAAAAAGAGACCCUAGCUCACAGGUCUCUAAAUAUAGCGUCUAAAUACAUUUUAAACAAAAUAGUUGAACAAGCACGUGCAGCGGCUGAUAGGGAAAACAGAUCUGGCAAUAAGAAUAGGUUAGAUAGUCUUGAUCAUUUGGGACCCCUUGGCUAUUUCGCUCAGGACAGGUUAUUGCCAAGACUUUUGUUUUAUUUAUAAAUUAUUUAUGCAAUUAUAUGGCCAUUAAAUAACACAGAACAGCAUGGCUUAUUUAGAUAACAGAAUAGGCCUAAAUCAUAUUUAUUUUGCAGCAUAGGUCGUUAUUCAAGACAAGGCUCUUCUCUGUCUAUCAUUCUCACACAAGUCAUUUUCUGAAGGCCCAAGCCUAUACUACGUUAUCUAUUGGUAUAAUGUCAUUAUUGAAUGCAUUUCUAAAACAAGCUCUAGACAUUUAUUUUUGGAAAUGAAUCCGGAAGCUGCAAUGCAACUCUAACGCCUGGGCUAGAGUUGCUUGAUUGACUAGCUAACUUCGACUACCUACGUUCGGUUCAUGUCCUUUGCAGAUGCCACAAUACUAAAUAAAAAUCUGUAACCGAGUAAAGUAAGAAUUGAUUGUGUAAAUGGCAGUGGUGGGCCGUCAGGGCCAGCA